AUGUCCGCGGCUGUCGCAAAGUUUACGUCAAAUCUGACAGUCAUCUCCAGCCUUCCUCAGAGCUCCACCAACGGUGCGUCGCAACUUGGUACGCUUCAGGCACCGAAUCUUCCGAUUAAUUGGCUUCCGCAUUCUGGCAGUGGCGCCCCGUGGGGGUCGAGAACCGCUUUCAAUGCAAACCCCUACACACAAGCUCCGUCAUCAUCAGGUCAGGAAAGAGUCUACAAUUUCACAGUUGCGCGAGGCACCAUUGCACCAGACGGCUAUGAAAAAAACACACUUCUCAUCAACGGCCAAUUCCCCGGACCAACAAUCGAAGCCAACUGGGGCGACAUCAUCACCGUCACAGUCAACAACGCCAUCUCAGGUCCCGAAGAAGGGACCUCGCUCCAUUGGCACGGCCUACUGCAGACCGGCACUCCCUGGGAAGACGGAGUCCCAGCAGUCUCACAAUGUCCAAUCGCCCCUGGCAUGAGCCUAACAUACAGCUUCGAAGCAGACUUGUACGGCACAUCCUGGUACCAUUCCCACUAUAGCGCACAAUACUCCGGUGGUCUUAUCGGACCUAUGAUAAUCUACGGCCCAAAUAGCGCAGACUAUGACAUUGACCUCGGCCCAGUGCUGCUGACGGACUAUUAUCAUCUGUCGUACUAUGACCUCGUAGAACAGAUAAUGGGUACAGAUCUCACAAUGAUAGCGCCAAGAUCGGUCAACAACCUGAUCAAUGGAAAGAUGGACUACAAUUGCUCACUUGUCACUGAUGGAACCCCCUGCACGAACGACGCUGGGCUUUCGAAGUUCGAGUUCACUACUGGGAAUAAACAUCGGUUGCGCUUGAUCAACGCUGGUGCUGAGGCUAUCCAGAAGUUCAGCAUUGAUGAGCAUACGAUGACUGUUAUCGCGAAUGACUUUGUGCCAAUCCAGCCGUAUGAGACCGAUAUUGUGACGCUGGGAAUCGGCCAACGCACCGAUGUAAUCGUCCAGGCUAACGGCGACCCCGCAUCCACCUACUGGAUGCGCUCCACCAUCUCCAACUGCUCCCUCACAAUCCAACCCGACGCCCUGGCCGUAAUCUACUACCCCUCGGCCCCCGCAGAUGCAACCCCCAAAACCACCGCCUGGACAGACACCACCCCCCAGUGCGCCAACGACGCCUUAUCCUCCACCACCCCCAUCUACCCCAUAACCCCAACCGCGGACCCCGCAACGACCAUAAACCUCACGAUCGGCGCCACCGUCAACAGCACCGGCCACUUCCUCUGGACCGUCAACGGCGUCUCCUUCCGCGCCGACUACAACGCGCCCGUCCUCCUGCUCGCCAACGCCGGCAACACAUCCUACCCCUACGACCCGGAGUGGAACGUCUACGACACGGGCGCCGCGACCUCGGUGCGCCUCGUCGUCGAAAACACCACCCCGGUCGCGCACCCCAUGCACCUGCACGGCCACAACAUGUACGUGCUGGACGAAGGCGUGGGCUCCUGGGACGGCAGCAGCGUUGUCGAUGGCGGCAAUCCGCAGCGGCGGGACGUGCAGCUGCUGCAGCCGCACGGGUACCUCGUUGUGCAGUACGACGCCGACAACGCGGGGGUGUGGCCGUUUCACUGCCACAUCGCCUGGCAUGUUAGCGCGGGGUUGUAUGUCAACUUGCUGGAGCAACCGGCCGAUAUCGCGAACAUGCAGCUACCGGGGUCGAGCAAGCAGACUUGUGUGGAUUGGGCGGCUUUCACGAACGUUGACGUGGUGGAUGAGAUCGAUUCCGGUCUGUAG